ACAUAUAAUCAAUACAGAUGGUGUGGGGACUGUUGGCUAAGAUGUAAGAGGCCACACUGCUUCAAGUUAGGACGUGUAGGAGGAAAUAAUUGCGAGGAGCACCACUCUGAGGAACCAGUGCCAUGUGCUUGGAUGGGGUGUGGAAAUAAGUCUGAAAACACUAGAGGACUUUGUCAGGAUUGUCAGGAAAAAGCAGAUAAAAUGUGUGACACUCCAAGAUGUUAUCAACCUAGAUGUAAGGCCUCAGAUUUGUAUUGUCAGGGAUGCUGGGAAAAGAAUACAAAGGGGAAUACCACCAAAUCAACUACAAAAGGAAUCAGCCCAAGUACUACAACCGGAUCAGGAAGUAGCGGAGGGUCGUCCACUAAGUGUCUACGAAAUGCAUGCAUAAAAAAG